AUGUCCACAUUUAUUAUUUUAACCAUUCCAGGUAAAUUAGAGGGAGAAAGAUUCUUCCAUGCAUAUCCGCGUCUAUGUCCAGCUAUCGCAUACUUGUGCACCAUAUCCUGUAUAAAUUCCCUUGGUUCUAUUACUCUAAUGAGCUUUAGUCGCUUUAUCUUCACCUGUCAUAGCAAAUACUACAAUAAUUUAUUUUCAAAGAGAUCGUGUAUUGUGAUGUGUUUUUCUCUUUAUCUUAUUGGAAUUUUACUAAUCCUAUUAAAUUUGGCAGGGAUUGGGGACCACUCCUUUGAUCGUAAAAGUUUUGAGUGCAUUUGGGACCGAAUGGCCACUUACUAUUACACAGUGAUAUUCUCUAUUGUUCUUGUAUGGAUUCCAGUUAUACUGACGGGAUGCUUUUACUUGUGUAUUUAUCAAAAAUUUCAUAAAAGCAGCAAACAAGUCAUGGACCUAACGUCAUACGACCAGCAACGGAAGUCAAUGUGCUUUGCUCGAACGUUGUUUCUGAUUUACCUAGUUUUCACGACGUGUUGGGUACCAUAUGCACUUAUAAUUGUACUGGACAGGCAAGAUUCCUUUCCUCACGAAGCACAUUUAAUAAUAACGACGUUUGCCCACUUGCAUCCGUCCAUCAAUUGGCUGGUUUACUACAUGACCAACAAAAACUUCAAAUACGCUUUUAAUUCACUUCUGAGAUUAGACAGUUGUAAGAAGAAACACAUUCCAAGGAUUCAGGUGCUACCAGGACCGGAAAGAAAUAUGAACGAUCCUGGGAAGUGA